AUGACUCUUUCGAUAAAGAAACGCUUCAAAUCAGCAACGAAUAUAGCUUCUAUUGGUAAUGAUGAUAGCAACGCAUUAGGUGAAGUUCUUCAUCGUUCAACUAAAACAUCUAAAUCGGCAAAGAAAUCAAAGAAAUCUGAUCAAUUUUUACAUCCUGGCCAUACUAUUUGUACUGAUAGUGAUUUUGAAAUUAAAUCACGAUCAUCAUCAGUCGAACGUUCAGUUACAUAUAAAACUAGAUGUCCAUGCGAGACACAUUAUGAUAAACAAUUAGUUGAACGUAAUUAUGCUUUAAUUGCUGAUAAAUUAUUUGAUUUAAUAUUUGGUAAAAAUGAAUUUGUUCGAACGUAUAGACAAGCUCAACGUAUUUAUGAUGAUACAGCAACUGAAUGGGCUAUGAAUGAAGAAACUAAAUGUCAAGAACGAGUACUGACUUAUAAAGUACCAUUAGAAUCUACAUUAAUUGGAAAAGGAAUUAUUUCAACACGCGAAAAACAAACAAUUUUACAUAAAGAACCUGGCUCUCAUUACAUUGUUGAAACUGAAGUAUUCAAUGAAGGUGUUAAAUAUAGUGAUACAUUUUCUCUAGCUAUACGUUAUUGUAUUGUACAAACAUCUGUAACAACAACUCAUUUACGUGUUACUGCUCAUGUUCGUUUUUGUAAAUCGCUUAUGGGUUUUAUAAAACAAAUUAUUGAACGUAAUGCAUAUUCAGCAUCACAAGAAAGCUUUAAGGAUUUGAAUAAUCGUCUUCACCUUGUUAGUAAUUUUAAGAAGGAGAGACGUCGGUCAAGUCGAGGCGAACUUACAUUGCCUGUUCCAUUACUAACAAAUGCUGAGGCUCGUCGUAUGAGUCGACAUGAUGCACUUGGUAUAACACCAUUAAAUCAAACCAUGAAUUACGAUGAUAAAAAUCAUUAUGUAUUAUCAAUAUUUUCUAAUCCAAAUAAAACUAUAUAUUUAUUUAUUUUUAUAACUGCUUUUCUUUUAUUAAUUCAUUUAUAUUUAUAUCUUAAACUUAAACAUAUGGAUGUUCUUGUCGAUAGUUUAACACACUUGAUAAAACUAUCAUCUUCAUCGUCAGCAAAACGUCGUUCAUAG